CUCGUUUUAAUAUUUGAAUUUUGUACGAAGCGGAGAUGGACCCCCCAAUUCGUCAAAUAUAUACACACUCAUUGUAGCCGUUAGCAAAACUCAAAUCCUCCACACUCUGUUCUCUCUCGCCAAACACAUUUUCAACCUAUCAAACAAAAAUCAAAUCUCAACUUUGUGAAAGCAGUCGUUCCAUCCAACAAUUUUCGAUCUUGAUCAACUCUUCUUGUUCAAGCACAGGGAAUGGAGUAUAAAAGGAGCACAACGUCAAUGACGCCGGAUCAUAAUGGGAAAGCGGGAGUUGGAAUGGUAGCCACUCCGAUGCCGUUUCUUACUCCUAGACCCGAACGGAGGCGUCCGGAAUCUAGAGGUAUCGAUUGGAAUUCUAGUAAAGUUGAGAAAGAUCGUGGUGAAGUUAACAUCCAAGUUUUGCUCAGAUGCAGGCCCUUAAGCGAGGAAGAACAAAAGUGCAACGUACCAAAGGUGAUAACAUGCAACGAACACAAAAGAGAGGUAGCAAUAUUGCAAAAUGUCGCCAACAAACAAGUAGACAAACUCUUCACCUUUGACAAGGUUUUCGGGCCCAAAGCACAACAGAGAUCAAUAUACGACCAAGCAAUCUUUCCUAUUGUAAAUGAAGUGCUUGAGGGCUUCAAUUGCACAGUUUUUGCAUAUGGUCAAACUGGUACUGGUAAAACAUACACAAUGGAAGGAGGGAUGAGAAAUAAGGGUGGAGACUUACCUGCUGAGGCAGGGGUAAUUCCAAGAGCAGUUCGCCAAAUCUUUGAUACACUAGAGUCUCAAAAUGCUGAUUACAGCAUGAAAGUUACUUUCUUAGAACUUUACAAUGAAGAAAUAGUUGACCUUCUUGCCCCUGAAGACCACACCAGAGCUAUAGACGAGAGGCAAAAGAAGCCAAUCUCCUUGAUGGAAGAUGGGAAAGGCUGUGUUCUUGUAAGAGGUUUGGAAGAAGAAGCUGUAUACAGUGCAAAUGACAUAUAUACCCUCCUGGAACGAGCAACUGUUGGAAGUGAGGAACUUAUUAAAUAUGGGAAGCUUAAUCUUGUUGAUUUGGCAGGGUCAGAAAAUAUUUCCCGGUCAGGUGCCCGAGAUGGUAGAGCAAGGGAGGCUGGAGAAAUAAACAAGAGUUUGCUUACAUUGGGACGUGUCAUUAAUGCACUUGUGGAGCAUUCUGGUCAUGUUCCAUACAGGGAUAGUAAGCUGACAAGGCUGUUAAGAGACUCACUUGGUGGAAAGACCAAAACCUGCAUCAUUGCAACUGUUUCUCCAUCUGCUCAUUGUUUAGAAGAAACAUUAAGCACUUUAGAUUAUGCACAUCGUGCUAAAAACAUUAAAAACAAACCAGAGGCAAAUCAGAAGAUGUCUAAAGCUAUGCUGCUCAAAGAUAUGUAUUUGGAAAUUGAAAAAAUGAAACAAGAUCUUAGAGCAGCUAGGGAAAAGAAUGGCGUAUACAUUCCACAUGAAAGAUAUGCACAGGAUGAAUCUGAAAAGAAGUUGAAGAGUGAAAAGAUUGAGCAGCUGGAGAUUGAUUUAAACAUCAGUGAGAAGGAAGUAGAUAAAUACCGAGAACUCUUUGAAAGUGAACAAGAAAAAAGGUUGAGCCUUGAAAGUGAUCUCAAAGAUUGCAAGGAAGAUUUGGAAAAAAGUAACAAGUCCUUACUGGAGAUUCAAGGAAAGCAUAGGGAAGCCAUGUCAAUGUUGAAGAAAAAGGAAAUUUUCAUCUCCAAACUUUUAGAUUCAGAAAACUGUCUAGUUGAACAUGCAAAAGGUCUGCGUAACAAAUUACAAGAUGCAUCAGAAGACAUAACUGGAUUGUUUUCAAAAAUAGAUUAUAAGAGCAAGUUAGAAGCAGAAAACCAAGGGCUACUUUUGUCAUUUGGUUGUGAGCUUGAUCACAGCCUAAAAGAUCUGCAGAAAGUUGUAUUGAGUUCAGUUUCACAACAGCAGCAACAAAUGAGAUGCAUGGAAGAACAUGUCUCUGUGUUUCUUGAUACUAAACAUGAUAAAACUGAGGUUUUGGAAUCAAGGAUCAAGAACAUAACAGAGACAUACACAUCAGGCAUGAAGGUAUUAAAGGAGCUUGUUGACACAUUGCAAAAAGAAGCUUCUUCUGAUUUGGUUCAUAUGAAGUCCAGAAUAUCAGAUCAAACAUUGGCAAUCGAAAAUAUCUUUAAGAAUGCAGUCAUGGAGGCUAAAAAUGUCACAUGUGAUAUUCAGAAUUCUAUAGCUGAUCAGAAGCAGAUGCUGGCUGUAUCUGUUCAGCAACAUGAAGAGGGAGUACAUAAAAGUUUGGAGACUUCACAUGAAAUCUCAAGGGCAGUAAUUGGUUUCUUCAACAAUCUGAGUCAGCAAGCUACCAAACUCAUGAAAAUUCUUGAAGAAAAUCAUAAAACAAGAUCACAUCAGCUAAAUGCAUUUGAGAAGAAUUUCAAGGAAGAUGCAGCCAGAGAAGAACAAUUGGCAAUAGAAAACAUUUCAACAAUCUUGAAGAAUUUGAUAGCAAAACAAACUUCAAGGUUCUCUGAGGCAUCACAAAAUCUUGACAACUUAAGUUCACAAGACAACAAGAUCUUGCUGCAAGACAUAUCCAACAUGUUGCAGACAUCAAACGAUGGAAAGACUGAAGCAAAUGAAUAUAUAGAAAAGGCGAAAACUCAUUAUACAGAAGCCAUGUUUAUUUCAACUCAAAAUCAAUCAAUGAUGGAGAAUUGCUUUGAGGAUUGUACAAAUAAGGUUGGAAAAUCCUUGCAACACUGGAACAAUACAGAGUUGGUGAUUAAUCGUGUUAAUGAGAGCAGCAUAGUUGAGACAGAAUUGUUUAUAAGUGAGAAACUUCAUGUAAACAAACUUAGAAGUGAAGAGAUUGCUUCAACACACGUGUCGAUGGAUGCAAAAUUCCAUUCAGAUGCUACAGAUUUGAAAUCAUCUGUUAUUGAUUCACUCAUGGUGGAUCAAGAAAUGAAGAAAGAAUUGGAUUCUGUGUCAAAGACAUGCUUACAUCACCUUACAUCCUUGGAAGAUGAACAUGAUGAUAGAACAAAAAACAUGCUAAACCAAUCUGAGUGCCUAAAGAAAGAUUACAAGGUUGAUGAUGAUUCUGGUGUGAGAAAACGUGAGAUAGAUGUGCCUAGUUUGAUAUCCAUAGAGGCAAUGCGAACACUUGCUUUUGAAGAUCUUUUAGCAACAAAUACUGCUUAUGAAAAUCGACAAAAGUGUGUGGAAAAUGGAAGCAAAGUGAAACAUCAUCAACAUAUAAGCUCGGGGUCUCCUAACCGAUGUCCUUUUGCAGAUGUUAACUAAUUUUUUAGUGUAAAAGGAUAUGUCAAGGUGAAAGAGCUUUUUAAAGCAUAUAUAUAAUUAUAGUUUCAUGUUCUUAGUGAAGUUCGAAACUUUGUUAUGCACUCAUCUACUAAUGAGUGGCUUGUAUUCGUUUUGGAUGUGGCAAACGGGCAGGUUGACUCGUUAAUAUUCAUAUAAUAGGUAGGUUGUAAUCAUCUGAACACCGUUUUAGUCGAUUUUCAAACUGUUUGGCCUAUUUCAUUGUAAAAUAUCAAUUUUUAUUUUGCUUAUCCUAAGGAUACACAUAAAAAACAUUAAUAAUGAAACUAAGAGGAGUGGC